AUGAGUUCAAGUUUAGUAGCGUAUGUUAUAGUUUAUGCUAAUAGCCAUAAAAACAAAAACAUUUCUUCAGGUAAUCACACUACGCCAGAAAGUCAAAUUAGUGCUCAUCAGACUACGUCAUCUAAUCAAGAGCUUACGCCUCGUAGCAACAGUCAUGGCAGAAGACAGCAAAAUUCCGGUAGUGUAUCAUCUAGUGGAUCAAACGACUCAAAGAAAACGAAUUUACCUGAUAUCCAUAACGGAAAUAAUAUUAAUCCUCCGACCUCUCAUACCAGUAAUUCUCCUGGCGGCUCGAGUAGCAGAAUGCCUCAAAACUGGACUAACGGAGCAACAAAGACACCGGAAAAAAUUCGUAAAAUGCGAGAUGCUUUGGGACAUGGUCAAGUGGUUGGGCCACAUGUAACAACAUCGUCAUCAUUUGGUAAACUGCAAUUGGGGUUACAAUACAAGAAUGGCAUUUUAGAAGUAGAAGUUAUAAGAGCUAAGGAACUGAUAGCUAGAAAUACCAAAUCUUUACCAUCAACCUAUGCCAAAUGUUAUAUACUGGAUGCAUCAGAUAAAUACAUUGCAAAAAAGAAAUCGAAAUCUGUUCGAAAAACUCUCGAGCCUGUGUAUCAGCAAAAAUUACAGUUUCCAGUAUCAAUUACGGAUAAAACCUUAGAGGUCAUUAUAUGGGGCAAUUAUAAUUUAAUAGAUAAAAAAGUUUUCAUGGGAGUUGCACAAAUUGUCUUAAGUGAAGAAGAUUUAUCGAAUCUGAUCAUUAGUUGGUACAAAUUAUUUGAUUCAUCGGCUGCUAAUAUUAAUAAUUUAGAUGCUUCAAUGAAUAGUAAUUAA